AUGGUGGAGAGGUAUUUUGACGCCGGGCGCGAUGGUCAAGGCUUCAGGCUGUUCGUGCGCAUGCUGAGGAGUGGCAUUCAACCGAAUGAGUUCACGUAUCGCGGGGUUCUGCGUGCUUAUGCAGAAUUCACCUGCGAGAAACUCGGGAAGCAGGGUGCAUGGUCGAAUGACAAAAAGAGCAGGGCAGGGGAUUCAUGCUUUGCAGAGAGUGCGCUUGUGCACAUAUAUUCCAAGUACGGCGACAUGGGAACUGCAGUGGGUGUCUUUAGGGGGAUGCCAAAGCCGGACUUGGUGUCAUGGACAGCCUCAAGUUGGAUUGAAGCUGGGACAAGGGUGCAUGUGUUUCUGGUUGGGGAUAAGUUGCAUCCUCAAGCUGAAGAAAUAUAUGCGCUUCUGAAGAAAGCUGUAUCUGAAGAUGAGGGAAGAAGGAUGAGCAUGCACAUGCUCAACUGUUUCUUUUGUCAAAUGCAGAAGAAAGGCGAGGACUCACAACCUGACAGAAUAUCUGUUACGCAAACCUACAUGGAUGUGAGGCUUUCAAACGUUACAUCCAUCUGUUUGCUGAAGUAA